AUGUUUGGGUUCUCUCGCAGGCGCAUGAAACUUGGCAGAUUGAAGGUGCAGCUUUCUGAUACUCCCCAGGGAACUAGAAGUCCCAUAAGACACCCCAAGAGAAAUGGAAACUCCAAUGGUGAUGGGGUUGCAGGGACACUUGGUCAUGCUGAGGAAACUGAGUUUUCGCCAUCUGCUGCACCCGAGAUGAGUACUUGUACAUCAGCCAGUUCAGAGAACUGGAUGGUGUUGUCAAUUGCAGGGGAUAAGCCCACUCCUAGAUCUUAUCAUGCGGCAGCUGUGAUUGAGAAUAAGAUGAUAGUGGUUGGUGGUGAAUCUGGAAGCGGAUUGUUAGAUGAUGUGCAGGUGCUAAAUUUUGAUAGAUUUUCAUGGACAACAGCAUCAUCAAAGCUCUACUUGUCACCAAGUAGUCUCCCACUGAAGAUUCCAGCAUGCAAGGGUCAUAGUUUGGUUUCUUGGGGGAAAAAGGCACUCCUCAUUGGAGGGAAAACUGACCCUGGAAGUGACAAAAUUUCCGUAUGGGCAUUUGAUACCGAGACGGAGUGCUGGUCGCUCAUGGAAGCAAAGGGAGACAUACCGUGUGCUCGCAGUGGCCACACUGUUGUCAGGGCAAGCGGUGCCUUAAUAUUGUUUGGAGGAGAAGAUACAAAAAGGAGGAAACUGAAUGAUCUACAUAUGUUUGAUCUCAAGUCCUUGACAUGGCUUCCACUUCAUUGCACGGGAACAGCACCUUCUCCGAGAUUCAACCAUGUUGCAGCUCUUCAUGAUGGAAAAAAUCUUUUGGUAUUUGGAGGAACAUCAAAAUCCAGGACAUUGAAUGACUUAUAUUCACUUGACUUCGAAACAAUGGCAUGGUCAAGAAUAAAGAUACGUGGUUUCCAUCCAACACCUAGAGCUGGUUGCUGUGGCGUUCUUUGUGGCAGUAAAUGGUAUAUCACAGGGGGUGGAAGCAGGAAGAAACGGCAUGGUGAGACUCUGAUAUAUGAUGUUAUAAAAUCUGAAUGGUCUGUGGCAAUUGCAUCACCGCCAUCUUCUAUCACUAUCAAUAAGGGUUUUAGCCUGGUACUGGUGCAGCAUAAGGAAAAGGAUUUUCUUGUUGCAUUUGGAGGAUCUAAAAAAGAGCCAUCAAAUCAGGUGGAAGUGCUGAUAACAGAAAAGAAUGAAGCAACUACCUUGGCAAAACGCUCUGUUCCUGCUAAAGGUCCAGGUUCUAUACUACCGGGAAAGCGGUCAUCAUCCAUCGGAUUGGCCUCACAGCAUAAGAAUGAUCCUUCUCAUCUUCUGAUUGAUUCUGUUGCUCGACAAAAUCUGGCAUCUGCAAUUGAACAUGGUUCUGGAAGGAAAUCCCUUUCAGAAUCCUUGCUUGUACAAGAUUCAAAUUCUAUCCCAACCAACAUUUCCCUUCGCAGGCAAUUCGAUCAUGACGAAGAAUACAAUGCAGAUGUUAGGAUUGACAAGAAUUCUGAAGAUGAAAGUCCAUUUCCUCAGGCAGCAGAACACAGGAAAAAUCAAAAUGACCAUGGAAAUCAGAUAAGUGGCAUGAAGGUCAAUAUGGAUGAACAUGUGAUGGUAUCUGGAAGUUCAAAUCAACCGAAUCAAAUCUUUGGGAACCUUAUCUUAGAAAGUGAUGAUGUGUCGGUCACUGAAAACAGCAAAUCCGGAUCGCUGUGCACUCCUCCAAACAUCUAUAAUUAUUACGAAGCUAAAGUGGCCACCUUAAUAAGGAAAAAUGGUAUUCUAGAGGGACAAUUAGCAGCUGCAUUGGCGAGCAAAGAAGCUAUUGAUAAAAGUUUAGCAUCAGCUCUCAAAAGCCGGCAGGAGAUGGAUAAGAAAUUAUCUGAUACACUGAAGGAGAUGGAAUUACUGAGAGAGAAGCUGGCUAGUGUAGAGUUAGCCCAUGAAGAGGCUAAUAGCCUCUCCAACAUUGUUCACUCUGAUAAUGUAAGGCUUGAGCAUGAUGUAGCUUUCCUCAAAGCUGUUUUAGAUGAUACACAGAAGGAGUUGCACUCAACAAGAGGAGUUCUUCAAGGAGAAAGAGCCAGGGCAUUCCAAUUACAGGUUGAAGUUUUUCAUCUCAAGCAGAGACUGCAAUCAAUGGAAAAUCGAGCACCGACUCCUAGGAAACCUUUCCAUGUGUAGUGAAAAGGUAAUUUGGUGUUUAAUGUUGGUAAUGAAUUUCAGGAAAGGUGCAUCUUAUAAAGGUAUGCAUGAGACUUGAGCCCCAGCAAAGGCGCAGUUAAUGGAAGAAUUAGAAUUCGGCUCCUAAGAUUGGAUUUGUACAUGUUUGACUUGGUGAAUUCAUCUUCCACAGUCCUUUAUAGGAACAGAUUUUUGUUAACACUAGAGCCGAAGAAAAAAUAUCAUGGAAAAGUUGCAUGUGUCAUCUCUUCUUUUAUUUCUGGCUAUUUUAUUUACUUUAAUCA